UUCACUGCAGCACAGCACAGGCAGUCCAAUCAGAGCGAGCCGGUGCUGAGCUGACCGGAGGAGGGCUGUGAUUUUCAGCACUGUGCUCUCUUGCAUUUAAAAAACCCCCCGUCUGCACAAAAAGGAUAAUACAAGAGGAAAGAGGGCGGAGGAGGAGGUGUUGGAGGAGAGGGGCAGGGCAGCCUUUCUCAAGACAUAUUUCUCUCAGUUGUAACAAGGACGAGGUGGAAGAAGAUGCAGGCAUAAAGAGGAGGAAAAUCAGCACCAUUGAAACACCUGCUUGAGGCCUUCAAUACUUUUUUUGCCUUUUAUCUCCUUUUUUCCCCCCAUGAUUUCUCUGUCGUCGACUCCUCUCUGACUUGUUAUUUUUUGGGAGCCUCUGCUGGUUCCCGGAAACAAAAGCUACUGCUCCUGUUUUCCCUUGGUGGUGCUGCUUCGGCCUGGCAUCAGCUGAGUCAUCAUGUCUGAUCUGACACCUCAGAGCGAAACCGCGACUCCAACCACCGACAAGAUAACUCAGGCCGCCAGGGAGACCAUUUAUCUCUGCAACUUUCGCGUGUCCGUCGAUGGCGAGUGGCUAUGCCUCCGCGAGCUCAACGACAUCUCCCUCACCCCAGACCCGGAGCCGGCCCAUGAAGAUCCCAAGGAUCCCAUCGCUAUCGAAAGGCUUAACUUGAUGAACAUGGCCAAACUAAGCAUCAAAGGCCUCAUCGAGUCUGCGCUGAACCUCGGACGCACACUGGACUCUGACUAUGCACCCCUCCAGCAGUUCUUUGUUGUGAUGGAGCACUGCCUGAAACAUGGGCUGAAAACCAAGAAGACCUUCUUGGGGCAGAACAAGUCGUUCUGGGGGGCGUUGGAACUGGUGGAGAAGUUGACACCUGAGGCAGGAGAGAUCACUGCCAGUGUAAAAGACCUGCCUGGUCUCAAAACUCCAUUAGGAAGGGGGCGUGCCUGGCUGAGACUGGCCCUGAUGCAGAAGAAACUCUCGGACUACAUGAAGACGAUCAUCAACAGAAAGGACCUGCUCAGUGAAUUCUAUGAAGCUAAUGCACUGAUGAUGGAGGAGGAGGGAGCUGUUAUCGCUGGGCUGCUUGUCGGACUAAAUGUUAUUGAUGCCAAUCUGUGUAUGAAGGGAGAGGACCUCGACUCGCAGGUCGGAGUGAUUGAUUUUUCAAUGUACCUCAAAGAUGGAGGACACAGCAGUAAGAGUGCAGAGGGCGAUGGUCAGAUCACAGCAAUACUCGAUCAAAAGAAUUAUGUGGAAGAGCUGAACAGACAUUUAAGUGCAUCAGUGAAUAACCUCCAGGCCAAGGUGGACGCUCUGGAAAAGUCCAACACAAAGUUAACAGAAGAGCUUGCAGUCGCAAAUAACAGGAUCAUAACUUUACAAGAAGAUGUGGAGAGAGUUAAGGAAGAGAGCUCAUAUCAGCUGGAGUCAAGAAAGGCAUCAAGAAGCGACUCAGUAGCAGAUGGACAAGCACUUGGGGAAACACGCAAGCAGCUCAAAGAGGAAACUUUGCUUCGAUUGGAUGUGGAGAAGGAGCUGGAGGUGCAAAUCGGGAUGAAGCAGGAGAUGGAGUUGUCCAUGAAGAUGCUGGAGAAAGACAUCUGUGAGAAGCAGGACUCUCUGGUGGAGCUCAGGCAGCAGCUGGAAGAUCUCCGUGUCAUCAACCAACAGAUCAGCCACAAGUCACAGAGCACUGAAACAAGCUCUAAACAGAAGAGUGAAGCCAUCACUCGCUUGGAGGAGAAAAUAAACCAGAUGACUGGGACUGUAAAACAUCUGGAGACAAGAUGCAAACAGGCCGAGAGAGAGAGGGACGUUGCUUUUGAGGCCAACCGGCUCUUCAAGCAGGAGUUUGGAGAUAAAAUAGAGAGUCUGCAAGAGGAGGUGGAGCAGCUGAGGAAGCACAGGUAUCAUCUUGACCUGGAGCUAAGAAAAGAGCGAGAGCGAAGGAGUGAGCACCAUCAAGACUCUUCACCCUUACUGCCCGGGACUCCUCAGAGGAAACAACCAGAGAACAUACCAAAACGUCACUCUGGAGCAGAGGAUAGAUCAAGUCUGAGCUCCAGCUUGUCUUUGUCACACCAUGAAGAUGAACAGGAGGAAUCCCUCGUGGAAAUCAGUCAGCCCUCUGUCUGUACGAUGUGUGAGAAGGAGGACUCCCUCCUGAAGACAAAGAAACAGUGUAAGAACUGUAGCGGGGUUUUCUGCCUGAGCUGUGUGUCCAACGAGUUGCCGUUACCUUCCUCCAUCCUCCCAGAGACUGUGUGCACCGCCUGCUACUCUCUGUUACUCCAACAGUACGCUUCAACACCACCAUGAAGCAGCAGUUUACCAAAAGACACAGUGAUGAUCGGUCACAUUUCAUGUACAUCUGGCACUGCAAAAAUGCACUUUUUGACUUCAUGGCUGGAGACGAUGGGACAGAGCUGAUGGAGUCCUGCCAGUUCUGAACUCGCAAAACUUUUAAAGCGGUGUCAGACUGGCUGGAGCUUUUUCGAUGCAGGUUUUAAUUUUUAAAUACUGGUGAAGCUGUAACUCCUCCUUUCUUGCAGAAAGUUUGUUAAUUGAUAUGAAGUGGUGUUUUUUUGUUUUUGUAAAACCUGCAUUCAAAAAGUUGAAAAGCACCUAAUUGAAGGUCAGUGAUAUAAAAAGACUACUUGAAUCAUGUCAUGCAUUUAAAAAAACGGACUUUACAAAGUGUCCACUAAGUGGAUUAUUACUACUGUAAGUGGUCAACUGGAAAUAUUUUUAAACUCAGUUUUAAAAGACAAAAAAGGAAAAACGUCUUCUAUUUCAACUCCUCCAUCAGUACACUAUGGUUAAUCAUUAUCCAUCAGUACUAUGGUUACUCAUAAACACAUAAAAACAUCAUCUACAAUGGAAACUUUUCAUUCCUUAACUUUACUGAAGGGUUUACAUCCAGACUUUAGAGCUAAACAUGUCCUUUGAUUCAAAGUGAUACUGACAAAAUCAAAUAUCCAUAACACCUUUGACCAAAUAAUUUAUUAUACUUUGAUAUAAAAGACGGGUCAGUGUUUUGUGUAAGAUUCUAUGUGCUGACAAAGCUUUUUAGACACUAUGAAAUUGUUCAAAACACUCUUAGAUGUACAUGGCUUUAUGAUACACUCAAGUCUUCUGAUGUGAGAAAAAUUGAGAAACUCUAAUGCUUUAUUAAUGCCUUACAAUUAAUUAAAAACCAGUAAAGCUAUUGAAGUUCUAUGUAAGUCAUCCUAAAGUGCUGGACUCUGUAGUCUUUUAUCAUGAUUUAUGACCUGACAUCCAGCUGUGGGGGUCAGACUGCACAAGGAAGUAGAUUUUGCUGUAAAGUUUUCAAAGGAAUAGUUCUUGCACAAGAUGAGCAGUUAGGUUUAUUUCUUUUUUUAAGAUUUAUUUUUGGGCUGUUGCCUUCAUGUAGAUAAGACAGUGGAUAGAGUAGGACAUCAGGGGAGAGAGAGUGGAGAGAGACAUGCAGGAGAGGAGAAACAGAUCAGACUUGAACCCGGGCCGCUCUCUUGGAGGGCUAUCGUGCCCCAUGAGCAAGAGAUUUGUCUGUUCACUUUGAAAUUGUUUUGCUUAGCUAAUCACAGACACUGGCAAGACAGAAAACAGCUAGCAAGGUUUCUUUGAGUCUUGAAUUUGUUCGGAAGCAGCUGUAGAGAUUCUGCUAAAAAGGCAGAUUCUGUCAUGUUUAAAUUGAGGGACACAUUGUUAACGCUAUGCUGAGCUAUCUAGCUGCUUGCUGUAGAUUCGUAAAUAGGGUACAGACAUAAGAGUGGUUUUAAAAUGCUGAAUAUCUCUGAUGUAAUGUAUCUUUAAUGUCAUUUUUUGUCAUUAGCCAGAAGUGGCAUUAACAAAACAUGAUUCAAAGUAAUCUCCUGUUCAUAUUUUCAUCCGAAUCUGGAUUAUUAACAGCACUUAACAUCUGGAAAUCUAACAUUGAGAUAUUUAGAAUCCAUGCUUCUCUCUGGACUUCCUUUCUGGAGCUCUGAACAUAUUUCAACCUUUUUAAGGGCUCGGCUCUCUGCCUGCUUGCUUUGAAGUAGACAUAUCAGGUCAUGUUUAUAGAAGCUAUUUUUGAUGUUCUGUUGAUGUAUAUGAAGAGUAAUUAGAAGCUCAGUGUAAUGUCUGAGGUAGAUGUUCUUGUUAAAGACAAUUAACACAAGAGAUGGAUAUGCUUCUUAGAUCAAUAAACUUUUAUUCACUUUUA